GAGAUCCUUUGCUAAUGGCCCUCUGUUUUAGAGCUUCGAGAACCUUUGCCACUGUAACAAUCGCAAGCCUUCCUAAGGUUCGUUUUUUCUUCCCCAUCGCUUAUUCUUUGCAUUUCUCUACCUCCAAAGACAAUGCUUUCUCAGAGACCCACUACGACAACCUGGUAUCUGAGACCCUCGACCGCAACCCAUGCGCAUUUAUGCAUGGUUUCUGGCUCUCCGAUCGAUUCCGUGCUGUAAUUCUUGACCCGGAGUUGUUCGUUCGCGUCCUUAAAUCGAUCCGACGGAGACCUAGAAUCGCGUUGAGGUUCUUUAAAUGGGCAGAGAGUCAACCCGAAUUCAAACACUCUGAAUUUGCUUUCUGUGUCAUUCUUGAGAUUCUAGCUGAGAACAAUCUUAUGCGAUCUGCUUACUGGGUGAUGCAGAGGGUAAUUAGUGUGAAUUUGCACGGAAUUGUGGAUGCUUUGGUUGAUGGGUACUUGAGUCCGGAGGCUUUGAUUAAGCUCCUUGAUGUUUUAUUGUUGGUUUACACCAAAGGAUCCUUGACUGAGCUGUGUUUAUCAACUUUUGAUAAGAUGGUGCAACAUGGGAUAUGCCCAAAUGUGAAAAAUUGUAACCGACUCCUCCGGGUUCUUCGAGAUGAAAAUCUUGUGAGCAAAGCAAGAGAGAUUUACAAACUAAUGGGCGAGUUUGGUAUCCAGCCGACAAUUGUUACUUACAACACCUUGCUAGACUCUUUCUGCAAGGAAGGUGAGUUGCAAGAAGCUUUGGACCUACUGUCGGAGAUGCAAGAGAGAGGGUGUGCCCCCAAUGAUGUAACUUAUAAUGUUUUGAUCAAUGGAUUGUCAAAAAAAGGAGAGGUAGACCAGGCCAAGGGUUUGAUUAAUGAAAUGCUGAACUUGGGGUUGAAGGUCUCAGCAUUGACGUAUAAUCCUUUGAUUCAUGGGUACUUUAAGAAGGGCAACAUUGUUGAGGCUUUAGCCAUUGGGAGUGAGAUGGUGCGGAGAGGUGCCUCUCAUACAGUUGAAACUUGUAACACAUUUAUUGAUGGGUUCUGCAAGUGGGGAAGAAUGGUCAAGGCUAGGGAAUGGUUCUCCAACAUGUUAAAGAACAAUUUGGAGCCCGAUAUAGUGUCGUAUAACACUCUAAUUCAUGGGUAUUGUAGAGUAGGAAACUUAAGAGAAGCUUUUCUAUUGUUUGAUGAACUAAGAAAUGGAUGGCUCAUUCCUACUGUAGUUACAUAUAAUACACUUAUAGAUGGCCUUUGCAGAUUGGGGGACUUCGAAGGUGCGCAAAAACUCAAGGAAGAGAUGAUCAAUAAGGGAGUUCUCCCAGAUGUGUUCACUUACACUAUUUUAGUGAAUGGCUCUUUGAAACUGGGAAAUUUAGCAAUAUCUAAGGAACUCUUUGAUGAAAUGCUACAUGUGGGAUUGCAGCCAGAUGGCUUUGCUUAUACAACCCGAAUAGUUGGAGAGCUGAAGUUUGGUGAUUCAAAUAAGGCAUUUAGUUUGCAAGAAGAAAUGCUAGCGAAGGGUUUCCCACCUAACAUGAUCACUUACAAUGUUUUGGUUGAUGGACUCUGCAAAUUGGGCAAUUUGGAAGAAGCAUAUGGGUUGUUGCAAAGAGUGGUUGAAGAUGGGCUAGUUCCAGAUCAUGUGACAUAUACUUGUAUUAUUCAGGCUCGUUUGGAGAGUGGCCAUCUCAGGGAAGCUAGGGAGGUUUUUUAUGAGAUGCUAAGUAGAGGUUCGUCUCCUACAGUUGUGACAUAUACACUGUUGAUUCAUGCACAUGCUGGUAAAGGGAAUCUUGAACUAGCCUUUAAGUUCUUCUCAGAGAUGCAAGAGAAGGGUGUAUUGCCAAAUGUGAUCACCUAUAAUGCUCUGAUAAAUGGUUUGUGCAAAGUGGGGAGAGUGGAUCAAGCUUACAAGUUUUUUAUAGAGAUAGAGGAGAAAGGGCUGUCGCCCAAUAAAUAUACUUACACUUUACUGAGUAAUGAGAACUGCAAUUUGGGUAAGUGGUAUGAAGCUUUGAGGUUGUAUGGUGAAAUGCUGGAGAGAGGGAUUGAGCCUGAUUCAUGUACGCACAGUGCACUACUAAAGCAGCUCAACAAAGAUUAUAAAACCCAUGCAGUGCGAUGCCUCGAGAGUAUAAUUAUAGACAGUGAAGAAUCAAUCAAAACAAUGAUUUGAUAAGUCUAAUGAAAUAGCAUAUUUUAUGGGAUCACAUUCAGAUAUUUGGGAGAUAUAUGCUUCAGCUGAGAGGAUUGCCCGUGUCUCAUUGACAAAAUGCUCUGAUAAUGUCGAGUACAUUUCUGAACCGUUGUUUUAGCAUUUCUCCCUUCUGGAUUUACUUUGUAUGGAAUAAACAUUCACUUUGAAAGGAAUAGCUCCAAUGGUCCAUGUUCAUAGACUACCAAUGGAGCUGGAUGAUGCAGCAACCAGCGAGUAGAUGAUCAUACCUGAACAGUUGGAGUUUAUGCUUGAGGUUGCUUGAUGUGAUGAUAUUGAUGACUCAUAAGGUUAAAGCUAAAAAAGUAUGAGGUAUCUAUCUUCUUUCUAAUGGUUCAUAAGGAUUACCAGGUUGCUAUCUUUGUCACCAUAACUCUGGUGUGAUCUCUUUUUGUGGUGUUUCAUUUGAUUGCUGGCCAUGCUUUUUUAUGUUUUUUUUUUUUUUUUUUUUCAUACUAAUGUAAUUUAGUAAUUUUCCUUUUUUUUUUUUAAAAUCAUUUAUUGUUCAUCAAAAGCUCCUUAGUUUGUCUGGUAGUAGUGUAUAUUGAAAAUUAUUGUCCAUAGGUGAUGUAGAAUUGGUGAAUAAAGCUUCUGCUUCUAUUGAAAGAUUAAGGUAGGGUCUUUACGAAAACAUAUAAAAGAAAACGUUGGGUUUUUA